CUCAUCACCAUUCUCCACGACUCACACGCUCUCUCUCUAGUGCUUUGCUCUCAAACCCCUCCAGAUCGCGACCCGCCUCCACGCGCUGGCUCCGUGAUCAUGACAGGCUGUUAGUCUGCUCGUUUGACCUUUUCCAGACCCUGCUCGCCCUCCAGGACGCUGUGAAAAUUCCGAUCAAACGAUCAUGGACCCACGCCAGCCCCAGCAUCCCUUCUCUCGACCUCCCGAACGCCCUCUCAUCCACAAUCCGAACCACCAGACUCCCUCCCAAUCGCCGCAGACGCAGUCCUACUCUAGCUAUCCACCUCCAGCGUCGCAACCGCAGCCACCAGUACACGUCCCCUUCACUACCGACCCAUAUUCCUCAUCACGCCGAGAUCCUUUUUUUCCUACCGCUGCCCAGCAACAUGCACGAAGGAGCAGUUAUGGUAUGCAUGGUGGAGACGCAGCACCUCCCGCGCAAGGCGAGAGACACGGUGGUUGGGGAAACACAGCGGGCCUUCAUGCAUCUCAUCCCCACGCGCAGUCUGGUCCACCACCUCCACCAUCCAUGUCGUCCUCACACAACUCCUCAAGCCAGCCGCCGUACGGCUACGAGGCGCCGCGACGGCCCUCCCUUGGAGGUGGAAGUCCCUCAAACCCAUAUGGAGCUCCCUCGCACGACCCGCCACCACCGCCGCCCUCCUUCUCCCGUCCGCACAUGCCACCCCCCUCAUCGCCGCAACAGCAGCACAAUCAUGCUCCGCCAUCGCAGCCUCCGCGUCCUCCCUUCUCGUCAUCGUUUGGCGGAGGACGAGAGCUCCCCGGGCUAGGAGCCGCUCAUCGACCAGGGAGCAGCAUGUCCAUCUCGUCCCUCAUCGGUGCUGGUGACACGGCAUCCAACCAGCAAUCACAGUCGCAAUCGUCGCCUACGACUGCUCCUUCAAACGCGCCCCUGUCGAACAAUCACACCAUGCAGCCACCAUCGCCAAGACGGGGUCUUUCAUCUGGUUCACGAUCAGACUUCCAACCCUAUCGGUUACAAUCAUCCCCAGAAGACAGACACAUGUACGGCAGUACUACUUCCAGGCUUUCUGAAGUACACGGAUAUCCUACUGGAUCUCCGACUCGACCUUAUAGCAACCAUGGCUCUCCCGAGCAGGGCCGACAACCUCUGCCUCAAACGUCGCAGCCAUACAAACCCAUGGUCUUUCAAAGCUCUCGGUCUUAUGCAUCCACGCCUAGCGAUGCGCAGGCGAGAGACCCAAGACAAGCCUCAACAAGCGUCCCUCCACGGCCAAACAGCCAGCCAACCGGUCCGCCUGGUACAUCCGAUCACGAAGCAAAACCCUCAUACGAUGCGUUGGGAGGGCGGCGGACCACCUACCAACAGCCCGAGGAGAGACGGCGGACGCUGGGCGAGUCACACCACACGAGGCCUAAUACUGCAGAGAUCCUAGGUGGGAAUUCACAGGCUGGAACCCACAGGGACCGCCCCGUUACCGUCCAGCCAGUGUCCCAUUCUGCCUUCAGCCCACCUCGCGAUCCACGUGGAGUUUCUCUUGCGAGUCAAGCUCCGCGAAACCUUUGGCGUCAAGCUGUCCCAGAAGAUGCGCCCCGAGAGACCACCGAAGGUCGUCGGGAAGAACCGGCUCCGUAUCGGGGAUAUAACUAUCCAGCUUCGUCACAAGCUCCGGCUCCCUUUGGUCCUCACGCAGGAGAAGACAUGGUUCGCGGACGGAGUUUAGAUCAUUUGAGCCAUCGCGCUGUCGAACAAUACCAUGCUCCUCCAACUUCAGACCCCCAGACGAAUGAAAGACAGAAGGCCGAACAUCUUUCUCGGUCUUUGUCCUCUGGCGGUCUUGGAUAUUCAGGCCGUUCUAUAUAUGAUCAACCCCGGAGGAUGGGUGAGGAUUUGCAGCAUUCAAAGGUCUUGCUCGCUCUUGGCCCCGAAGCCAACAGGAGAACAGGACGUGCUUCUCCGCUGCCGCAAGCUGUCCAGGGCGCACAGGCGCAGCCGCUUUCGAUUGGGAAGGAUCCCAGCAUUAAAAGCGAAUUUGGUCGCAUGUUUUCAGGGCUAGGGAGUGGAUUGGGGACAAAUACGCCGUCUAGGCAGUCCCCAAUGCCACAAAAUGGUCCCGAAAUUUUACCGCCUGGCGCAGAUUCGAAUGACUCGAGACUGCAAAGGGUCAGUUCUCAGACUGGGCGUAAGCCUAAAAGAGUAAAGGAUGAAGAGGGUUUGGUCGAUAAUGAGAGUGGAGAUGGAAGGGGAACGCCUGCCCUUGGUGGAGUUCGGGGGACGAAGCGCAACAAAUACACCCAUCCAGGCCAUCACCACCACCAUCACACACAUGCGCAUCACCAUCAUCACCAUCACCACAAGCCUGAAGAGGACUUGGCAAUAGUGGCUGCGCCAGCUGCUUCCACACCCUUAAAUCAAAGGUAUCCCAGUCUACCACAGAAUGGAGCAACGCCACAGCCGUCGCACCAUCACCACCAUUAUCAUGCUGCACCACAUCAUCACCAUCAUGCUCCUCGACUCACUCAAGCAGCACCUCUACCGUCUCCUAAACUCCCUCCAAAGGUUCACGAUAUUCAGCCUGUGUUGGAUGAGGCUGCUAAGUAUCCCCGGGCCCAUCUUGGGUCUUACGUGUAUGAAGCGACCCCCGUGUUGCCUCAACCGAAUUCCGCGCUCGACGAUCAGUUCUCUUUUGCCUCCAAGCCGAAGCCGCUCUCUCAGCUGGAAUUUCCUAGGAACCCGGUCAACUGUACCAUUGACGUGAGAGUUCCUAGGUACUAUCUAAAACCACGGCAAAGACAACAGAUUGUGCUACAACACCAUCUCUGGGGUGCGUGUGUCUACCGCGAUGAUUCCGAUGUGAUUGCGGCGGCGAUCCACUCUGGAUGGAUCCGAGGGGAAUGGGAUGACACUGUGGACAUCAAUAUGCUAGACCCGCGUAUUACAGCGCCAAAUGACGCAAACGACGCGGAAGAGACAUUGGAAAGGCGCCCUGCCGCACCCGUCCCCCCACCAGCAGACAUAGAAGCGCAUAUUAGGCUCCUAAUCUUGCCUCGUAUUGAGAAGUAUGUAGGGACCGUCGAAUACGGAAUAUCGAGCCGGAAGAGUUCCAAUCAUGAUGGGCUGAGCUUCAUGAUCCACCAAAUCCGCUGGGUAGAAGAGGGCUACGGAAGCCGAGGGCAAGAGAGAAACGCAGCUGCGAUGAAGCGGAGGCUUGAUUCCGCGAGAACGCUGCUGAGCCUAGGGCAUGGAGGGGAUAAUUCACUACGGCGGGUGAAUGGGACAACGAAGUUGAAUGCUUGAGACGGCCAAAAAUAACCAGGACAACACUCAUUUAAUGUCUGAUUUUUGGACAACUGGUUUGAUGACUUGGGCUGGUCGGUUCAUGUAAAACAGGAAGGGUUGGUUGUUCGUUUCAUUCGGUUCAGCAUUGCUAUAUACCCAUAGUUCUACGCCUGUGACGGACUUCGGCCUCCCGUUGGGAUUU